CGGCGGACAAGAUGGCGGCGCGCGGCGAGGACCGGGAGGCCCCGGAGGCGCCUUCGCCGCCCCCCCCGGGCCCGGGCGGCGGCGUCAACGUGUUCGCCAACGACGGCAGCUUCCUGGAGCUCUUCAAGCGCAAGAUGGAGGCGGAGGAGCAGCAGCGGGAGCGCGAGGCGGCGGCGGCCGCGGAGGCGUCCGGCGGCGGCGGCGGCACCGGGCUCGGCCCGCAGCGCGGGGCCGACGGCGCGAAGAGGAGCGGCGGCGCGCUCAGCUUCGUAAGGACGCGGCGGGGGGGCAACAAGCUGGCCCUGAAAACGGGAGUGGUGGCCAAGAAGCAAAAGACGGACGAGGAGGUGCUGACGAGUAAAGGCGACGCGUGGGCCAAGUACCUGGCGGAGGUGCAGAAGUACAAAGCGCACCAGUGCAGCGACGACGACAAGACGCGGCCCCUGGUCAAAUAGCGCCGGCCCCCCCCCAAAAAAAACACCCGCGGGGGGGGCCCCCGGCCCGGCCGGGACCCCCCAAAAAAACACCCGGUCAAAGAGACUCCCACCCCCCCCCCAAAAUACCCGAUGGGCGGGGCCCCGGACACGCCCCCUGCCCCAAAAUUACCCGAUGAAAUAACGCCAACCCCCCCCCCAAAAAUACCGGCUGGGGAGGGGGGGUCCUGACCCCGCCCACCCCCCCCAAAAAACAUUUGAUGAAAUAGCGCUGACCCCCCCCCCCAAAUGUGGCCACGCCCCCUCCCCAAAAACGCUUUCCAAGGCUGCGCCCCCCCUCCCCAAAACACCCACUGGGGGGGGUCCUGCCCUGACCCCCCCCCAAAAUACCCAUUGAGGGGGGGGUGCUGGCCCCGCCCCUUUUCUAUGGCCACGCCCCUCUCCCCACGCCCGCGUUUUGGGGGGAUUUGGGGGGGGGGGGCGGCGCAGCAUUAAAGAGCUCAGAGGUUUCGGA